AUGAGCCUCGAGCUGGCCGGCGGCAGUUUCCAGCACGUGCGCCAGCUCGAGCGGCUCGACCUCAGCUUCAACAACAUCUGGGCGUUCCCCGAGGGCGUGUUCUGCCCGCUCACCAACCUGGUCACGCUCAACAUGAGCUGGAACCGCCUGCAGGACAUCAGCGAGGUGGGCUUCCGGGAGAAGACGCCGCCCCCGCAGCCGCUCAUCAGCCAGGACGAGGAGCCGCCCCCGGAGCCGCAGCCCCCGCAGCCGCCCCCGCCGCCGUCCGCGCCCUGCAGUCUGGACGUGCAGGUGCUCGACGCGUCCUUCAACCACUUCGUGCUGAUGCCCAGUCGCGGGUUCAGCGCGUUGCGCAGACUACGAGAACUCUACCUGCACGACAACGAGAUCUCCAUGGUCGCCGAUCGAGCCCUGGGCGGGCUCAAGGCGCUUGAAGUUUUCGAUCUGUCGAAUAAUAAAGUGGUUGCGCUUCCGCCCGAACUGUUUGUCGAGUGCGAUGCUGUUAUUAAAGAGAUCCAUCUUCAGAACAAUUCGAUCAGUGUGCUAGCGCCGGGGUUAUUCACGAACCUGGGGCAUUUGUUGUUGUUAGACUUAUCUCGGAAUCAUCUCACCAGUGCGUGGAUAAACAGUGAAACCUUCUCUGGUCUCAUACGAUUGGUAUUGUUAAAUCUGUCCCAUAACAGAAUUACAACUCUGGAUCCUUCCUUGUUCCGAGAUCUGUAUACUUUGCAAAUUCUUAAUUUAGAACGUAAUCAAAUUGAAACUAUUCCGGCCGAUACAUUUGCCCCCAUGAAUAAUCUGCACACCCUCGUGCUUUCGUUUAAUAAAAUCUCGUACUUAGAUGCGUACGCUCUCAACGGUUUGUACGUACUUAGUUUGCUCUCCCUCGACAACAACCAGCUGAAAGAAGUGCAUCCCGAUGCGUUUCGCAAUUGCAGCAGUUUGCAAGACUUGAACCUCAACGGCAACGAGCUGACGAAGGUGCCACUCGCGCUGAAAGACAUGAGACUGCUUCGCACCGUUGAUUUGGGCGAGAACAGCAUCUCGGAUCUCGAUGACCCCGGUUUUUCGGGGAUGAACAACCUGUACGGACUGCGGCUAAUCGGCAACCAGUUGUCCAACCUCAGCAAAAAGGUUUUCUCCGACCUGCCGUCGCUACAGAUCCUUAACUUGGCCAGAAACCGCAUCGAAAAAGUCGAGCCCGGGACUUUUGACGCGAAUAAGAACCUGCAGGCGAUUCGCCUCGACGCUAACAUGCUCACCGACAUCUCCGGACUGUUUGUGGACGUUCACAGCCUGCUUUGGCUUAACAUCUCCGACAACCAACUGGACUGGUUUGAAUACGCCUCUUUCCCCACCACGCUGCAGUGGUUGGACAUCCACAAAAACAGUAUUCCCGAGCUAGGGAACUACUACAACCUGGAGUCCGAGCUUCACAUUCAGACGUUAGACGCGAGUUUUAAUAAGCUUACGCACGUCACGGCGAAAUCUGUUCCUAACAGUGUCGAGCUCUUGUUUUUGAAUGAUAACCUCAUUCACACGGUAGACCCCCACACGUUCGUGAAUAAAACAAACCUGACGCGUGUGGACCUGUACGCGAAUCAAAUCGUUAGUAUGGAUUUGAACGCGCUUCGCUUGUCCCCGGUCGACCCGACGCGUCCGCUGCCUAGCUUUUACAUAGGCGGAAACCCGUUUCAGUGCGACUGCACAAUGGAGUGGCUGCAACGCAUCAAUAACCUGGACCACCUCCGCCAACAUCCGCACGUGCGUGAUUUGGAGAGCAUCUACUGCAAGCUGAUGUACAACCGGCACCGCACCUACAUCCCACUAGUCGAGGCGGAGUCCUCCCAGUUUCUGUGUACGUACAAGACGCACUGUUUCGCGUUGUGUCACUGCUGCGACUUCGACGCGUGUGACUGCGAGAUGACCUGUCCCACGAACUGCACGUGCUACCACGACCAGUCGUGGUCGUCGAAUAUUGUCGAGUGCUCCGGGGUGGAGUACUCGAAGAUGCCUAGUCGAAUUCCGAUGGACGCUACGGAGGUGUACCUCGAUGGGAACAGUUUCGGGGAAUUAUCGAGUCACUCGUUUAUAGGGCGGAAGUACCUCAAAGUACUGUACGCAAAUAACUCAAACAUUGCCGCGAUUUACAACCACACUUUCAGUGGUUUGCAGAGGUUGUCUGUGCUGCAUUUGGAAAACAACCGCAUCAAAGAGUUGCGCGGUUUCGAGCUGGAGAGUUUAGGCCACCUGCGGGAGCUGUACCUACAGCACAACCAGAUCCGCUCGAUAGACAACCGGACCUUUUCGCACCUGCAACAACUGGAGGUGUUGCGCAUCGACGGCAACCGACUGGUCGCGUUCCCGGUGUGGUUGUUCGCGCGCAACCCGUACCUCGUGGAAAUCGCGCUCAGCGACAACCAGUGGUCGUGCGACUGCCAGUACGUGCACCGGUUCCGCACGUGGCUGCAGGGCAACUACGUCAAAGUGGUGGACGCGAGCAAGAUCGUCUGCGUGUUCAACAACGUGACCAACGCCGUCGGCCCGCCGCUCGCCGACUUCAACACGACGUCGUGCGCGGCGUUCGCUGGCGGCUCGACCGCCGUCGUCGAGAGCCAGGUCAUCGAAGACUACCUUCCGCUGCUGCUCGUGACGCUGUGCGUGUUCCUGCUGAGUGCGGGGCUCGUGUGCGGCGCGUUCUACUACCGGCGGGAGCUGCGCGUGUGGAUCUACUCGCGCUGCGGGCUGCGCAUGUGCUACAAGACGACGGCCUUCGAAGAGGAGCAGGACCGCGACCGGCUCUUCGACGCGUACGUCAGCUACAGCGUCAAAGACGACGCCUUCGUCAGCGGCACGCUCGCGCCGGGCCUCGAACAGGUGGACCCCAACUACAGGCUGUGCCUGCACUACCGGGACUUCAACGUGAGCACGUUUGUCGCGGACACGAUAAUCGAGGCGGUGGAGUCUUCCCGAAGGACUAUAGUCGUGCUGUCCAAGAACUUCCUGCACUCGGAGUGGUGCCGCUUCGAGUUCAAGUCGGCGCUGCACGAGGUGAUGAAGGACCGCCGACGCCGGCUCAUCAUCGUGAUAUACGGCGAGCUGCCGCAGCGGGACAUAGACCCGGACUUGAGGCUGUACCUCAAGGCGAACACGUGCAUCGAGUACGGGGACCGCCUGUUCUGGCAGAAGCUGCGCUUGCCCCACCCGACGUAA